GGUUGACGCCCGAAAACGACGUCCUAGAGCGCCGCCGUCGUCUCUACCAUCAAGAAUGGCAGCAAGGGCUUACGCCCGGAGCUUCCAAACCCUCGCUACACGUUCAUGGCUUGGCACUUCCGACCGUUGACACGGCAGCCCGUCCGGAGAGGCGCCACUGCCGCACCUCCACGUACCAUGCCGCCGACCUCCCACUCCGCUGCACCCGUUGCCUGAACCUCCUCACUAGUGGCGGCCACCCUUGCACGACUGCCGCAGCCCCCAAGGGCCGCACCACGCCGCCGGUGGGGCCCAGCCCACUGCCGUCGACCCCAGGCCGGACGGGCAGCAGCUGCAUCUUGCCCUCCGCCGGACCCGUCAGCUCGCCCGCCGCAGCGCUCCCGCGGCUCGCAACUCCCGCCUCAGACGGUGUUGCAGCAAGGCCGCCGUCGCGCCCUCUGCUGGACAUCGCCGCUCCGCGCCGCUCGUCGCAAGGAGAGGGGCGGAGAAGCCUCGGCGCCGCUCCCCUCGCCGCAGCAGCCCACGCCCGCAGCGGCCGCCGCCGCCCCUUCGAACGCGCCCGCAGCGACCAUCGCUCCCGCGCACGGCCGCCGGCCGGCGAGCACCCACUGCGGCCCUCCAGAUCCAGCCAAUGGGGCGACGGAUCCGGCCAAGGGGCCACCGGAUCCGGUCGUAGCAGCGCCGGAGCUCGAAUCCCGGCCAAGAUGGCCCUGCCGCCGCCUUCCUCGAGGUUGCCGGACUUCCGGCGAGCCUCUCUGGCAGCAAGCAGGGGGAGGGUUGGAGAGGGGGCCGGUCCCCGGCGGCGAGCUGGGAGGAGCCGCCCGAGCCGCCCGCGGGGAGGCGACGCGGGGGCAGAGGCUUCUGGGGAUGAUGAUCUGGUUGUAUUUGAAAACAAAGGAAGGCUCCGAUAUUUCCAGAUUUACAUACGCUACGAUGUUGCUGAUGGUGUCAAAGUGUGUGCUAAGCUUUCAGCACCCAAUACUAGUACCAGAGAUGUCGGAUGUUUUGACGGUUCUGAACAGGACUAUGGACCUGAUGAGUUCUCCUACACUUGCAAUUUUGAGUACCUGCCUCCUUUGAUAUUGACAUGCCUUCUUCCAAAGUCCUAUCCUAGCAAAGACCCCCCAAGUUUCGCAGUCACUGCUAAAUGGAUGGAUGGGCCUUAUGUCUCUCAACUCUGCGAGAUGCUUGACACCAUUUGGGCAGAGCUUUCAGGGCAGAAAGUCGUGUAUCAGUGGGUUGAAUGGCUACGUAAUACUUCCAGGUCAUAUCUCUGGACCGAUGGAAGCAUGACACUGGGUCCAGAUAUUGCCACCCACAACACAGACAUCCGUGCAAUUCCAAGAACAAAAUCACUAGAAUCUGUUAUCCCUUUGAUGCUGAGCUACAGAAGUAAGAAGCGGUAUCAAGCUUUUCUUGAGGAUCUCCAUAUGUGCAUGAUAUGUCUUAACCAGACCAAAGGUUCAAAAUUCAUCAAGCUUCCAUGCGGACACUUGUUCUGCGUGAAGUGUAUGGAGACCUUAUGCAGAAUGCAUGUCAAGGAAGGUAGUGUGUUUCAGUUGGUAUGCCCUGGUACCAAGUGCAAAGCUUCAAUUCCACCAUAUGUGCUGAAGAGACUUCUUACAAAAGAACAAUUUGAACGUUGGGAUAGGCUUCUCCUUCAGAAAACAUUGGACUCAAUAUCAGAUAUAGUUUUCUGUCCAAGGUGUGUGAUCGGUUGCGUGGAAGAUGAGGACAACAAUGCACAAUGCCCAGAGUGCUCUUUUAUCUUCUGCUCGUUCUGUAAGGGACCAUGGCAUCCAGGGAAGCAGUGUCUAACUCCUGAACAAAAGAUACAGCUCCGAAAGGCAUCAGGCAGGAUGACCGAGAGGGAGGUCGCGGAGGAAUUGCGGAACAUCAGAGAACUAUACAAGGAUGUUCGGUUAUGCCCAAAAUGACGAAUGGCCAUCGCCAAAACAGCAGGGUGCAACAAGAUGACAUGCGGAAACUGCGGCCAGUACUUUUGCUUCGCCUGCGGCAAGGCCAUCAAUGGUUAUGAGCACUUCAGGUAGGCCUUUCUGCUGGGCUUGCCGGGACAGCUACUGCACUCUAUGCAGACGGAAGGUCAACAGCAGGAAGUCAGGGCACUACGGGUCACCGGAAUGCAUGGGGCUUGAUAAUCUCUAGCAUUUGCAUUCAUUUGUUAUCACCAUGGAUCUUUUCCCUUGAUUUGCCGAACAAUGAAUGUGACGAUCAGUGUAUCCGGCCAGCAAGACAUAGCGUAACUGUGUAGUAGAAGUAGGGCGUAUGUUUGACUGUCUUACUUGCCCGGUUCAUUCGCAUCCGGCAGCUAAUUUAGUCGUCAUGCAUGGUAAAUGCAAUCAAGUUUUUUUGCUGGCA